GUCUCCAUGAAUUCUAUGUAGGUACUCAACGUAAGUGAAGAGCUGUAUGUGUCCCUUGUAUGUGUAUGGUGCCCUUUUCCACAUCAUUUCUAAUCUCAUUGUUAUUGUUAAUUACGAAAAUAAUACUGUUUGCCCUUAUUUGAAGGCGCCCAUUUUGAUUGGGUAGAGCCUUCUACUCUACUGAAGAUCACACAUUCCUCCGUCAUCAAGCUUUCCUGCCUCGUCGAUAACUUGAGAUCCACAUCCACAGCCUCUCAAGCAAACAACGAAUCUCUUCUCACCACAGAUCCUUCACUUGCAAUACAAUUCACACAUAGACUCACUCAUCAACCACCGCGACCGACAACAAUAAAUUGGGAUAUCUCACCGCCUUGCAAUAACUCCAGUGUUCUGCUCAGCCUUCAUCUCCAUCGUGAAUACAACUCACGGUGCACCCACCAUUCACUCAUGUGAUAUCCCCGUUACAGCUAGCUAUCCACAGAUCUACCCACUUUCUUCGCCAUUCUGCUUUGCUUUGCUUUGCGAUAUGAGAAAGAGAUAUUGAGAGAGGGUGUCAUCGGUGCAAAUUAUUCUCAGGUAACAUGAACUUUUGACUUCACCAGUAGCUCAAGAUGGAUCAAAGUAUACAGCGUGCUCUGAAUGAUAAGCUUUACGACAAACGGAAAGUCGGCGCCUUGGAUCUUGAACGGGUCAUUCGUGAUCUGACAGCAGCCAAGGAGUUUGAUAAAAUCAAAAAGAUCAUCCAGCAACUGUGUAACGAUUAUGCUUACGCUGUCCACCAGCCGCAUGCCAGAAAUGGCGGUCUCAUUGGUCUCGCUGCUGCUGCUAUUGCAUUAGGUCCGGACCUCGCAAGAUACCUUGACGAAAUUGUUCCGCCAGUCCUCGCCUGCUUCACAGAUCAAGAUGCUAGAGUAAGGUAUUAUGCAUGCGAAAGUAUGUACAAUAUUGCCAAAGUGGCAAAGGGUGAAGUUUUACCUUACUUUAAUGACAUAUUCGACGCUUUAUGUAAGCUAGGAGCGGACUCGGAACUCUCCGUCAAAAAUGGUGCAGAGCUUCUGGAUCGUUUGAUAAAGGACAUAGUGUCUGAAUCUGCAGCUACCUAUGUGUCGAUUCUUCAUACUUCUGAUGAUUCCAUGUCCGACUCUAAUAAAGAAAAUCUUGAGGAUUCUGAUGAUCUUCCUACAGCCUUCUCCCUGGCUCGCUUUAUACCUUUACUAAAAGAACGAAUUUACGUGAUAAAUCCAUUCACGCGCACCUUUCUCGUGGGAUGGAUAACUUUAUUAGAUUCUAUCCCAGAUUUAGAACUUGUUUCUUUCCUCCCUGAAUUCCUUGGUGGGCUGUUCAAGUUCUUGAGUGAUCCAAAUCGUGAUGUUCACGUGGCUACUCAAGGUGCAAUUGAGAGAUUUCUUAGCGAAAUAAAGCGAAUAUCACGUAUCAAGAAAGGUAUCGAAGAAAGCCGAAAAUCGCGCAGCGACACGAAACGAAAACGAUCGGGUUCUAUGGACAGCGAAGGAUCGACGGCACCAGAUUUAGGUGGAGAUGACGACUCAGGUAUGGAUGUAGAUGACAAGGACAUCAGUAGUGAUGACGACUGGGUUCCUGGUCAAGAUGUUCACGUAAACCAUAAAGAAAUUCUUGUUAUUCUUACGACAAAUUUGGAUACUCCAUUGGAAGAAGAUAGCUUACUUGAAUCGCUAAGAUGGAUUGUUGAAUUCCUAGACAUCUGCCCUGAAGAAGUCCUUCCAUUUGCCCCAAAGAUAUUGGCACAUUUGCUUCCAGCUAUGGCUAGUGGAGUGGAUACCAUUCGACAAGCUGCUGCCCGUGUCAACACAUCAUUGAUGGCCUAUGUUGUGUCACUAUCGGAUGAAGGUGGUGCUACUUCAGAGGUCCCUUCCUCAGCUCCUUCAAGAUUUCUCGCCAUGAAAGAAUCAAAUCCCACUGAACGAAGAGAUUCUUCCGCUACGAAUCGUGGUUCCUUGUCUGGAUCUCGUGAGCUUGAUAAAAGAGACAUAGAAGUGCAGACACCCCCACCUCCCUCUAGCAAAGCGCAAACACCUACACCGCCAUACCAGGCACAUGUAGAUCUUGAUUAUGCUGCAGCGGUCAGCUCAUUAACAUUACUAUUUCUUAAUGAUCACGAAGUAACUAGAGUUGAAGCUCUAAAUUGGUUACUCAUGUUACACAGGAAAGCACCUAAGAAGCUACUUGCAUUCAAUGAUGGAAUAUUUCCUGCUCUUCUUAAAACACUCUCUGAUCCAUCGGAAGCCGUAGUGACCAAGGAUCUUCAAUUGUUAUCUCAGAUUUCGAGAAAUAGCGAUGAUGACUAUUUUACUUCUUUCAUGGUAAACUUACUUCAACUAUUUUCUACUGACAGAAAGCUCCUCGAGACUCGAGGAAACCUGAUCAUUCGACAAUUAUGUAUUAAUCUUAGCGCAGAACGGAUCUAUAGAACACUUGCGGAUUGCAUAGAAAAGGAAGAAGAUGUUGAAUUUGCAAGCAUUAUGGUACAGAACCUCAAUAAUAAUCUCAUCACUGCACCGGAAUUAGCAGAUCUUAGGAAAAGACUUCGAAAUAUUGAGAACAAGGAUGGACAAGCUUUCUUCGUCGCUCUCUUCAGGUCUUGGUGCUACAAUGCCGUAGCUACCUUUUCACUUUGUCUUUUAGGCCAAGCUUAUGAGCAAGCAUAUAAUCUUCUUCAGAUAUUUGCCGAACUCGAGAUGACAGUCAACAUGCUUAUCCAAAUCGAUAAACUUGUACAAUUGCUAGAAUCACCUGUCUUCACAUAUCUCCGCCUCCAAUUACUGGAGCCCGAAAAAUAUCCUCAUCUUUACAAGUGUCUUUACGGCCUUCUUAUGCUGCUUCCACAAUCAUCGGCUUUUGCAGCAUUGAAGAAUAGAUUAAAUAGUGUGAGUGCAAUAGGCUACCUGCACAUAGCACCUCGAGCCGUUCAGACGACUGCAGGACCGUCAAAUUACGACAGGAGUAGCAGAUUGAAAGGCAGGGAGGAAAGUGGUAUCAGGUGGGGAGAAUUACUUGACAAAUUUAGAAUUGUACAAGAGAGAGCGAGACGGGCGAGAAGGCCUGGUGGGGAUAUGGAUGAUGGAUUGAGCGGCUUUGAAUCAAGAAUGGAGAGUGGAGAUAGUAGAGGUUUCAAAGAUUCGACAAGGUUAUCGGGACCGUCUCCUAUAUCUAAAGAAGCGCCAAGUGGAAUUCCAUCCGGACCACAACACACGAAAUCGAGGAGUAGCCUGGGCAAGUUUGGGAGGUUGGGAGGAGCGGUUGCAGGGGGUAGACCAAGAAAGUGACUAUAGGAUAGAUGAACAGGCGAAGGACAUACGCACACGUAUUACCGGAAAGUUUAGUAUGUUGAUACAAUGGGUAUAAUAUGAUGCGUUGUUUUCGAUUUUUACGGUCUCUCUACAUUGUAAUCAACCAUCUGCUCCAAGAUACAGUUCCCCAUCAAUGAAGAUUUCGCUCACCCCUAGUA